AUGCCUCACUCUUCCUCUCCCCCUCCAAAGCAAAACUCCCCAUCCAUCAUUCUGCCCCACGAAACCUCUCCCCUUAUCUCCGCCCACCAUCAUCCCCAUGACCCCACUCCUCCGCCCACCACUCCCUCCCUCCAAACCCUCAUCCUCUGCUUCAUGACUCUCCACUUCCUCAUCGCCUUCUGCGAAAUGGUUCUUGUAGCCCCCCUCAUUUCCCUCUUCGAAUCUUCCCUCUGUCACUCUUAUUACAAUUUUCCAGAGCCAAGCUUAAGAUUAGAUAAUCGGGACGUCAUUUCAGAAAUGUGUAAGAUACCUGAGAUCCAGGGACCGUUGGCGACGAUUAGGGGGUGGAAAAGUUUUGGGGAUACGGUGCCUGUUCUACUAGUAGCGAUUCCGAUUGGCAAUCUGGGGGAUCGAUAUGGAAGGAGAAAGAUCAUGGCGUUAUCCUUGAUAGGAGUUGGAUUGUCUCUGGUAGAAAUUUUUGUUGUUUGCGCAUAUCCAAAGAUCUUCGACUUGCGUUGGGUCUGGUUGUCGUCACUGUUCCUUCUAUGUGGAGGAGGUUUAUACUCAAGUGCGGCGUUUAUGUGGGCCAUGGCUUCCUCGCUGAUACCGGAAGAUAAAAGAAGCUAUGCUUUUUACUAUAUCUUCUCGGCAUUCUAUAUUGCAGAACUUAUCGGAUCAUAUGUAGCUUCUAUCACUAUAGAUAUUUCUCCUUGGAUUGCCUGUAGUAUGGCCAUGGGAUCAGUGAUCCUAGGAUUGCUUUUGUUGUGGCUGGUACCAUUAACUCAAUCAUCGCCGCGACCAGAACCAUCACCUCCUUCAACAUCCUCAACAGGACUACAAUCAAGGCAUCUUACACUCAUUCCCAAGACUACCAUCCUCGCUACCAUCCGCCACGCCUUGUUACAACCCAAUGUUCUCCUCUGUGUUCCAGUUUUCCUGGUCGGUACCCUUAGAUAUACGACUCUCAGCAUCCUAAUCCAAUAUACCUCGGUUCGUUUCGGCACCAAGAUAUCCAAGGGAGCAAUGUUCUACACCGAAACAGCUAUUAUCAAUAUCUUUCUAUUCUUAUUUCUUAUCCCUAGGAUAAGCAUUUGGAUAAAAUCGAGAUACCAUGUGAAAUCCGAGAAGAUUGAUUUAGAACUGAUGAGGAUUAGUCUAUGUUUUCUGUUGGUUGGCUCUCUUGCUAUUGGAUUGGCACCGACGAGUGGGUGGAUUCCAAUUGGUGUUUCUAUCUUUGCCGCAGGCUUCGGAUCCCGAGUCUCAACUCUCUCACUAAUAUCCCAUUUUAUCCCCCCCUCCUCCCUCGCUACUCUCUACGCCUCAAUAGCUGUGCUAGAGAAUCUCGGCCAUGCUAUCAAUGAUCCUUCCAUGCAACAUAUAUUCGCGGUAACCUUACGCUUACCAUCUUUCUGGCACGCGUUGCCCUUUUUCGUGGCUGCUGUAGGUACUCUUUUACUUCUUACCUUUGCAAAUAAGAACAAGAUGUAA